GUAAAUAGCGUCCUGUAGAUGGAUGCACUCGAGCAAUUGGCCCGAUCCAGCAGCAAUGAUUCUGAAAGAACAAGGCUGCUUAAGCAGGUGCUGUCCUCAUCUGCUCGUCUCCAGCGUGAGCUCCGAGUAACCCUUGGAACACCGGCUACGAAAGGCAGCAAGUUCAGCACGUUUACUACAGCUGCGAAAAAGAAGCAGGAGCUGCCGGUGAACGCGACUGAGUCGCUGCCAGACAAGCUGCAGCUUUGUGCGCAAGGUCAUGAUGAUAUUUGCGAGAGCAUCAAUCCGCACGAGAUGUCUCCCGUGCUAAAAUCUUGUGGGGAGCGCAUUGGACUCCUCUCGGACAAGCUGUCUGCUGCGCAGGAGCAACUUGUGCUUCGAGCCGGCUCCCUGCCUGAACGUGAGGAAGAUGACAGCCACGUCAUUGAAAUCGUUGCUCGUGGCCAGCAGGCAUCGGCAGCAACUCGCCACCGCGCUGAAGCGGCUGCAGAGCGUGCGCUCAUGCAGCACGCCCGCUUCGGGGCCUUAGAGGAUUUGCAGGGAGUCCUGCAGCAGAGCUUUGAAUAUGAUGACUUGCGGAAAGCCUUUCCUCGGCGAUCUCGUUGGAACCCCAACCUGUAUCUAUUGACGGAUGAGACGCUGAAGAAUCCUCAAGAGUUCAAGGACGCAGUGUGGCGCAAGCUCUCCAAGGAUGUCGAAGAAGAGGCCGACUCGAGCCAGGUUCGAUUGGUUCGUUGGCGAAGGACGGUAGGCGCGCCAAGCAGAGGAAGCAUUCUGAAGACAGAUCCGGGGGCGAAGGCGCUAGCGCGAUCGCCUGGUACACGCUCUUCUAUUCUGUGACCAUGCCUUUGAUAGCAUUUGCCUGCAAAUGACGGUGUGCAGUUUGUAGUCGCUCGUCUCACCGGAGCACCAUUUGAGAUGUCCAAGUGUCUAAGACACCUGGGCACCCUUGGUGAGG